AUGUCCGCGAGAGAUGUCCUGCUGUCCGUCCUGGCCGAGGCUGCAUCCCAGGAGCAGGGCCGUAUGAAGAACGCUGUCGCUCAGCUCCAGCAGUGGGAGACCACGCCUCAGUUCAAUUCCACGCUCCAAGACAUUUUCUACGACAAAACCUUGGACACCAACAUCCGUUGGCAGGCUAUCAUUUAUCUCAAGAACGGCAUCGACAAGUACUGGCGCAAGACUGCCAAAAACGCCAUUGCACCUGAAGAAAAGGUCGAGAUUCGAUCCCGUCUCUUGUCCGCCUUGGAUGAGGAGCAGAAGCCUCUCGCGACCCAGAACGCCGUUUUGAUUGCCAAGAUCGCUCGAAUCGACUUUCCCUUGGAAUGGCCCGAUCUGCUGACAACACUCUUGGAAAUUAUACGCUCGUCGACUGCGAAUGAAUCCGACUCAAGAGCUCGACUUGUCCAGCAGAGAUCGCUCUACACACUUCAUCUCAUUGUCAAAGGACUUAUCUCAAAGACAUUAGCAGCUGGUCGGAGACAGUUUCAACAGGUUGCACCAGACUUGUUCUCAAACGUUGUCAAUAUAUAUGUUCGCUACGUUGAUAUGCUAUUUGCUUCCAAUACUACCAAUAUUGAAGUCAUUUCCGGGUGCUUGGAGACAUCCCACAUGGCUCUCAAGUGCCUGAGGAGGGUCGUCGUCCACGGAUUCCCAGAGUUCUCGGCCACAGAAGGACCCGUUGCUUUCUUUAGACUGGCAUUGGAACACCUACAAAAGUUCAUUACAUUCAAGGAAGCAAUCCCGGAGCAGUGUUCAUUCUUGGUUACCGCUGUGGACUCACACAUCAAACUCAUCGGAAAGUUCUACAUGGACCUCAUGGACGCCCACCCAAGACAGUUCAUUCUUACACCAGGCGCGGGAGAUGGAGCAGCUUCAGCCCAGACGACCUUGAUCCAGGGAUUGUUAUUGAUCAAGAAGACGCUCAAGGACCCGCAAUUUAUUCUCAGUGAUAAGGAUCCGGAGCAAGUUGUUGUCCAGUGCAGACACAUUAUCGAGAACGAAUUUAUGACCCCAGACACCACCAACAAGCUUGCCGAGAUCCUGAUUACUAAGUAUAUGCGACUGACCGAGGAUGAUCUGGAAGAGUGGGACUCGAAUCCGGAAGAGUGGACUUUGGAGGAAGAGGCGGACUCUUGGAAGUAUCAGCUGCGGCCAUGCGCGGAAAAAGUGUUCAUGGACCUCCUGUCAAGUCAUCGCGCCCAGCUGAGUCCACUUCUUGUUCAAUUGGCAGAAUCCACCGCAAGUAAGAGACUUUCCUAUAUGCCGGAUAUGUUUCUCAAGGAUUCAAUUUACUGUGCCAUCGGACUGGGAUCGCAUGAUUUGUAUGGUGCCAUUGACUUCGAGAGCUGGUUAAACGGACAGCUUUCCCAAGAGGUUCAGAAUGCAGACCCCAGUUUCCGGGUCAUUCGACGACGUAUUGCAUGGAUGAUUGGGAAGUGGGUCAGCGUCAAUGUAUCCAAGGCAGCACGCCCAACAGUAUAUAUCAUCUUGCUGCAUCUUUUGAGGCCAGAGGAGCAUCUAGCUGUCCGUCUUGCUGCAACGCAAAACUUGAAGGCGGCCAUUGAUGACUGGGACUUUGAACCAUCUACAUUUGCGCCGUUCUUGGAGCAGUCUGUUCGAGGGCUGAAGCAAAUCAUGGGUGAAGUCGAGGAGCCCGAUAGCAGGAUGAAGAUCUUGAACUGCAUGUCCAUGAUUGUGGAGCGCAUGGAUGAGCACAUCACGCCAUACGCUCAGCAAAUUAUCGAGCUGUUGCCUCCACUCUGGCAGGCGGCUGCGGACCAAAAUCUUCUUCAGUCUGCGAUUCUUGUUAUCAUGACUAAGUUGGUGGAGUCCCUGAAGUCUCAGUCGGUUGGUCUUCAUGCACUUGUGAUGCCACUGAUUCGCCUCAGUGUCGAUCCCUCUCAAGAGGCUCAUAUUUAUCUAAUGGAGGAUGGUUUCGAGCUGUGGUUGGCGACCCUGAAGACUGCACGCCAGCCCACGGAUGAGCUCCUCUCCCUUGCGCCAGCUGCGGUUACCUUGCUUUCAGAGGGUAUGGAUCAUAUGAGAACUAUGCUCAAGAUCCUGCAGAGCUAUCUUAUGCUGGAUGCUGAACGCACAUUCCAGAUUGCAGGAUCUGCUCUGAUUAGCGCAGUUUCUGGUCUCAUGGGGGAUGGCCUUCGAUCAGAAGCCAGCGUUGCGAUUAUGCAGUUCAUGGAUAUUACGGCCCUUACAUGCUCCAUUCGCAUUACAGGAGAACUCUAUGUGACUUCAGGCUUGCUGAACAAGGUGUUAAGCGUCAUCAUGGCUAAGAAGGAAACAAAUGUAGUCUUGACACAGUACCUCUGCUUCUUAGCCCGUCUUGCAAUUGAGGAUUCCACAUAUCUCUCUAAUGUUGUCAAUAAUGCUGGUCAGCAGUUCGGGCAGCCCCGUCUUCUGAGUGCCCUCUUGGAUUUUUGGAUGGAGAAGUUUGAUAACGUCUCCCACCCCAAGUACCGCAAAUUGCACGCAAUGGGCUUGACGGCUAUGACCCGUACAUCAGAUCCUUCUGUUUUGGAGCACCUGCCCCGACUUGUUGCCAUCUGGGGGGAUGUCUUGAACGAAGUGAAUGAGAACGGAUCUGGUGACUCGCUUGUGUACUGGAGGGAGCUCCAGGACGAUGAGGACGAUACUUCCGAGGAAACCGCGGAAGUGAUCCGAAGACGUGAGCUUUUGAAGCGCGAUCCAGUUCACACGACUAACUUGGCGCAUUAUGUCAAGGCGUCAAUUGUGGAUUGCGAGCGGCUGAACGGUGGAGCAGAUGCGUUCCAGCAGCAGUGGUUGUCGAAGGUCGACCCAUUGAUGCUGGAGGGACUGGGGCCUUUACUAAGAUAA